ACUAUUACCGGACAUAGUAAUAGUACACCACAGACCAACGGCGAUUUCGAUACAGUCUGCAUACUGCUCUAAGUCAGAUAAAUGAUAGUGAACAUGUCAUCGGUACUAUUGCGAUCCGUACUGUCCCUGUUUACAGCGCACGUGGUCAUCUGCACAGCUAUUGCCAGUCGGAGCCAUAAUCGGGGCGUGAGUUCUUUUGAUUCGCUUCACUUGUACCCACGACCGGCGUACUUACCGAUUAUGCCUUACUACGAGGUCGAUAUUCCAGAACAGGAAGGAAAAUUUUUUGGCGUCAUGGCGGCCACUCGAUACGAAACCAUUACCGUCAGAGAAACCGUGCGUCCGGUGUGUUUGUACGUGGACGGGAACGUGCCGUCUUGCGAUCACGUGAUCCACAGCAAUCACAACAACCGCCCACAGAAAGUUCCUGGACCAGCUAAUUCUCGACGUCCACCGGCCGUCGACUACGAGACGUAUUUUAUUGAACCUAGCAAACCGAACGCAAAAAUCGAGAUAACCGAAAUACCAUACAGGGGCGCGUUCCUGUUGACGGACGCGACAGUCGAGGCGGACGGUCAACUUCAAGCAGCCGAAGAAGAUGCGACCGCGGUGGUCGGCCAAGAGACGCCGGCGUUGCAGCAAGCCAUCCGGCCAGUGGUGGAGGACGUGCGGGAGCGGCGCGCCGCUACUGCAAGUGUGGCCCAACGGCAGCUUCUGCAGAACGCGUUCGGAGCGGCCAGCGCGGCCGUUGCGGCGGGCGUGGCCAACGUGGGCGGCGUGGUCGGCAUGGCCGGUGCGAUGGCCAACGCGGCCGUUGGCCGGCAGCAGGUCACCGUGUACGUGACGCGCGUGGACCGCGUGGUCGACGAUCGGCUCACGGCCACUCUGGUGCCUAAGAACUGCAUGCCCGCCCGGGUAGACGCGCUGAGGAGGUGCAACGGCGCAAUUGACCCGUACUCGGCCGCGUUGCCGGAGCCUCCCUACAUACUGCCGCAACCGGCGUACAUGCAGAAGCAGCCCGAAGUGGCCGUGGACAUCGUAUCUAAGGUUGGCGGCCUUGUCCGGGACUUUGUCGACGCUCAGUCGGCUGCCACGGGUAACGAUCGCCUGCGCCGUUACAGGCGUACUCUUGAAACCCACGCCGUUGCUCAACCACUGUAAAUUGACAAUAUUUUAAAUGAGUUAUCACGACUUGAAAAUUAAUAUGACACUGAAUGAUUAAUAUCUUUAUAGUGUCAUAUACAAGUGUUGUAAUGUUAUUUUAUACUAUUAAAAAUGAACAAAAUACGAUUACCGCAAAGCAUUAUAAUUGUUAUUGUUUUUUAGAGUGUGCGUAUAAUAUACUGAGUGAUUCAUCAUAA